GGGGGGAGGCGGAGCGGCGCCGCGCUGCACUACUUUCCUCUCCGGUUGCAAAUGGCUGCCUCGUUCCCCACUUUCCGCUCAGUUUCCUGACCCCCCGGUGCCGGGAGCCGGGGUUGGGCCAUGCACCUCUAAGCCCCCAGCGAUCACAGCCAGCCGGGGGUCUAGGGAGUGCCACCGACCAGAGCCGGCCAGGCCGGGGGCGGGGCAGCUCCCGAGGCCAGAGGGGAAGGGAGGCGAGCGCAGGGCCUGGAGCGGCCGGAGGGGAGCAGGCAGAGGGGCUCGCACCGCCCGCCCCUUCCUCUUCCUCGCCCACCUAGCCUCCUCCCUUCCCCGGGGGGAGCAGAAGGUGGGGGGCUCGAAGCGGCCGAGGGUGAGCGCUCGGGGUCGAGAAGCCCGGCGCUGGGUGUGUGUCAGGUUCAGCCCCGCGGCCCCGCCGGCCCCGCGUCGCCGUAGCUCGCGCGGCCCCGGGGCGCCGGCCGGGGCGGGGAGAGGGGUUCAGCGCUCCUGCGAGGGUCUCACGUUCCAUCCGGGCCAGGCGCGGGGCGGCGCGGCAUUCCUUCCGGGCUGCUGGGGAGGCGCCUCGACGUUCCAUCUGGAGAGCCUCGACGUUCCGCCCGAGCCCGGCGCGGGCGGCCGGGGCGCUGGCCGGGCCCUAGGACUGAGAGGCCGCCCGGCGACGCGGAUGCGGAGCCUGCUCGCCCAAGAUCAAAGCCACCGGUGCUCUCUUUGUGUCCGCUCGGGAUUCGCCGCCCUGGGGCUGUCCAUGGAAACCUAAACUGCUGGAAGCUGAGGCAGAGAACCCCCUCUUUGGCUUCUUGCUGUUUUUUGUGGGGGGAGGGUGGCCACUCCGACCUGGAUUUACCGUUCUUGGCCCCCCUAAGCCCCCCCGUGCGGGGGGCGGCUGUGAUCGCUCUGGCGGUUGGAGGUCGGGGAGCGGCCCGGGCUCUGGCCAUGUUCUCGGAUGAGGAUUUCUGGAUCGCCCUGUGAAGAGGUCUCCCCGAGAGGGCCCUGCCCAGUCGGAGAGAGGGAUGGACAGCCAGAAGCUGCCUGGUGAGGAUAAAGAUUCAGAACCGGCAGCUGAUGAACCUGCAGCUUCUGAGGACCCAGGUGCCACUGAGUCAGACCUGCCUAACCCACAUGUGGGGGAGGUCUCUGUCCCUAGUUCUGGGAGUCCCAGUCUUCAGGACACUUCUCAGGACUGCAGUGGGGGUCCAGUGCGGCGUUGUGCUCUCUGUAACUGCGGGGAGCCCAGUCUGCACGGGCAGCGGGAGCUACAGCGCUUUGAGUUGCCAUUUGAUUGGCCCCGGUGUCCAGUGGUAUCCCCUGGGGGGAGCCCAGGGCGCAAUGAGGCAGUGCUGCCCAGUGAGGACCUAUCACAGAUUGGUUUCCCUGAGGGCCUUACACCUGCCCACCUAGGAGAACCUGGAGGGUCCUGUUGGGCUCACCAUUGGUGUGCUGCGUGGUCGGCAGGCGUAUGGGGGCAGGAGGGCCCACAACUAUGUGGUGUGGACAAGGCCAUCUUCUCAGGGAUCUCACAGCGCUGCUCCCACUGCACCAGGCUCGGUGCCUCCAUCCCUUGCCGCUCACCUGGAUGUCCACGGCUUUACCAUUUCCCCUGCGCAACCGCCAGCGGUUCCUUCCUAUCCAUGAAAACACUGCAGCUGCUAUGCCCAGAGCACAGUGAGGGGGCUGCACAUCUGGAGGAGGCUCGCUGUGCAGUGUGUGAGGGGCCAGGGGAGUUGUGUGACCUGUUCUUCUGUACGAGCUGUGGGCAUCACUAUCAUGGGGCCUGCCUGGACACUGCUCUGACUGCCCGCAAACGUGCUGGCUGGCAGUGCCCUGAAUGCAAAGUGUGCCAAGCCUGCAGGAAACCUGGGAAUGACUCUAAGAUGUUGGUUUGUGAGACGUGUGACAAAGGAUACCAUACCUUCUGCCUAAAACCACCCAUGGAGGAACUGCCUGCUCACUCUUGGAAGUGUAAGGCAUGCCGGGUGUGCCGGGCCUGUGGGGCAGGCUCGGCAGAACUGAAUCCCAACUCGGAGUGGUUUGAGAACUACUCUCUCUGUCACCACUGUCACAAAGCCCAGGGAGGUCAGCCUCUCAGCUCUGUUGCUGAGCAGCAUACCCCUGUGUGUAGCAGAUUUUCACCCCCAGAGCCCGGCGAUACCCCCACUGAUGAGCCCGAUGCUCUGUACGUUGCAUGCCAAGGGCAGCCAAAGGGUGGGCACGUGACCUCUAUGCAACCCAAGGAACCGGGGCCCCUGCAAUGUGAAGCCAAACCACUAGGGAGAGCAGGAGUCCAACUUGAGCACCAGUUGGAGGCCCCCCAAAAUGAGGAGAUGCCACUGCUGCCCCCGCCUGAGGAGUCACCCCUGUCCCCACCACCUGAGGAAUCACCCACGUCCCCACCGCCUGAGGCAUCACGCCUGUCCCCACCACCUGAGGAAUCACCCGCAUCCCCGCUUCCUGAGGCAUUGCACCUGUCCCAGCCGCCAGAGGAAUCGCCCCUCUCUCCGCCGCCUGAGGAGUCUCCUCUGUCUCCCCCACCUGAAUCAUCACCUUUUUCUCCGCUGGAGGAGUCGCCCUUCUGUCCACCGGAAGAGUCACCCCCAUCUCCUGCACUUGAGACGCCCCUGUCCCCACCACCUGAAGCAUCACCCCUGCCCCCACCAUUUGAGGAAUCUCCUUUGUCCCCGCCACCUGAGGAAUUGCCCACCUCCCCACCACCUGAAGCAUCUCGCCUGUCUCCACCGCCUGAGGAGUCACCCAUGUCCCCUCCGCCUGAAGAGUCACCCAUGUCUCCACCACCAGAGGCGUCUCGUCUGUUCCCACCAUUUGAAGAGUCUCCUCUGUCUCCUCCACCUGAGGAGUCUCCCCUCUCCCCACCACCUGAGGCAUCACGCCUGUCCCCACCACCUGAGGACUCACCUAUGUCCCCCCCACCUGAAGAAUCACCUAUGUCCCCCCCACCUGAGGUAUCGUGCCUGUCUCCCCUGCCUGAGGUGUCACGCCUGUCUCCACCGCCUGAGGAAUCUCCCUUGUCCCCACCGCCUGAGGAGUCUCCCAUGUCCCCUCCACCUGAGGCUUCACGGCUUUCCCCACCACCUGAGGACUCACCUGCUUCCCCACCACCGGAGGACUCUCUCAUGUCCCUGCCGCUGGAGGAGUCACCCCUGUCGCCACUACCUGAGGUGCCGCAUCUCUGUGGCCGGCCUGAGGAGCUGCAACUCUGCCCACCAUCUGAGGAGCCACACCUGUGCCCCCGGCCCGAGGAGCCCCAUCUAUCUCCACAGCCUGAGGAGCUGCACCUGUCCCCGCAGCCUGAGGAGCUGCACCUGUCCCCCCAGCCUGAGGAGCCACUGCUAUCUUUGAAUCCUGAGGAGCCACACCUGUCCCCCCAGCCUGAGGAGCCGCACCUGUCCCCCCAGCCUGAGGAGCCAUGCCUAUCCCCCCGGCCCGAGGAGCCACACUUAUCUCCCCAGCCUGAGGGACCACAUCUGUCCCCUCAGCCUGAGGAAUUACGCCUGUCCCCCCAGACUGAGGAGCCGCACCUGUCUCCUGUGCCUGAGGAGCCAUGCUUGUCUCCCCAACCUGAGGAAUCGCACCUGUCCUCCCAGUCUGAGGAACCACGCCUGUCCCCCCAGCCUGAGGAACUGCACCUGUCCCCUCAGCCUGAGGAACUGCACCUGUCCCCUCAGCCUGAGGAGCCACCCCUGUCCCCUCGGCCUGAAGAGCCCCCUGAGGAGCCAGGCCAGUGCCCUGUACCUGAGGAGUUGUCCUUGUUCCCCCCACCUGAGGAGCCACCCUUAUCUCCCUUGCUUGGAGAGCCAGCCCUGUCUGAACCUGGGGAACCACCUCUGUCCCCUCUGCCUGAGGAGCUGCCCUUGUCCCCGUCUGGGGAGCCAUCCUUGUCACCUCAGCUGAUGCCACCAGAUCCCCUUCCUCCUCCGCUCUCACCCAUUAUCACCGCUGUGGCCCCACCGGCCCUGUCUCCUUUGAGGGAGUUAGAGUACCCCUUUGGUGCCAAAGGGGACAGUGACCCUGAGUCACCCUUGGCUGCCCCCAUCCUGGAGACACCUAUCAGCCCUCCACCAGAAGCUAACUGCACUGACCCUGAGCCUGUCCCCCCUAUGAUCCUUCCCCCAUCCCCAGGCUCCCCAAUGGGACCGGCUUCUCUCAUCCUGAUGGAGCCCCUUCCCCCUCAGUGUUCGCCACUCCUUCAGCAUUCCCUGCCUCCUCAAAACUCUCCUCCUUCCCAUUGCUCCCCUCCUGCCCUGCCACUGUCUGUUCCCUCCCCAUUGAGUCCCAUAGGGAAGGCAGUGGGGGUCUCAGAUGAGGCUGAGUCCCACGAAAUGGAUACUGAGAAAGUUCCAGAACCUGAAUGUCCAGCCUUGGAACCCAGUGCCACCAGUCCCCUCCCUUCCCCAAUGGGCGACCUUUCCUGUCCCGCCCCCAGCCCUGCCCCAGCCCUGGAUGACUUCUCUGGCCUAGGGGAAGACAUAGCCCCUCUGGAUGGGACUGAUGCUCCAGGUUCACAGCCAGAGGCUGGACAGACGCCUGGCAGUUUGGCUAGUGAACUUAAAGGCUCCCCUGUGCUCCCGGACCCCGAGGAGCUGGCCCCUGUGACCCCUAUGGAGGUCUACCCCGAAUGCAAGCAGGCAGCAGGGCAGGGCUCACCAUGUGAAGAACAGGAAGAGCCACGUGCAUCGGUGGCCCCCACACCACCCACUCUCAUCAAAUCCGACAUCGUCAAUGAGAUCUCUAAUCUGAGCCAGGGCGAUGCCAGUGCCAGUUUUCCUGGCUCAGAGCCCCUCCUGGGCUCUCCUGACCCGGAGGGGGGUGGCUCCCUGUCCAUGGAGCUGGGGGUCUCUACGGAUGUUAGUCCAGCCCGAGAUGAGGGCUCCCUACGGCUCUGUACCGACUCACUGCCAGAGACUGAUGACUCACUAUUGUGUGAUGCCGGGACAGCUAUCAGUGGAGGCAAAGCCGAUGGGGAGAAGGGGCGGCGACGCAGCUCCCCAGCUCGUUCCCGCAUCAAACAGGGUCGCAGCAGUAGUUUCCCAGGAAGACGCCGGCCUCGUGGAGGAGCCCAUGGAGGACGUGGUAGAGGACGGGCCCGGCUAAAGUCAACUGCUUCUUCCAUUGAGACUCUGGUAGUUGCUGACAUUGAUAGCUCUCCCAGUAAGGAGGAGGAGGAAGAAGAUGAUGACACCAUGCAGAAUACCGUGGUUCUCUUCUCCAACACAGACAAAUUCGUCCUAAUGCAGGACAUGUGUGUGGUAUGUGGCAGCUUUGGCCGGGGUGCAGAGGGCCACCUCCUUGCAUGUUCGCAGUGCUCUCAGUGCUAUCACCCUUACUGUGUCAACAGCAAGAUCACUAAGGUGAUGCUGCUCAAGGGCUGGCGUUGUGUGGAGUGUAUUGUGUGUGAGGUGUGCGGCCAGGCCUCCGACCCCUCACGCCUGCUGCUCUGUGAUGACUGUGACAUUAGUUACCACACUUACUGCCUGGACCCCCCACUGCUCACUGUGCCCAAGGGUGGCUGGAAGUGCAAGUGGUGUGUGUCUUGUAUGCAGUGUGGGGCUGCCUCCCCUGGCUUCCACUGUGAAUGGCAGAAUAGUUACACACACUGUGGGCCCUGUGCCAGCCUGGUGACCUGCCCUAUCUGUCAUGCUCCUUAUGUGGAAGAGGACCUACUAAUCCAGUGCCGCCACUGUGAACGGUGGAUGCAUGCUGGCUGUGAGAGCCUCUUCACAGAGGACGAUGUGGAGCAGGCAGCCGAUGAGGGCUUUGACUGUGUCUCCUGCCAGCCCUAUGUAGUAAAGCCUGUGGUGCCUGUUGCGCCUCCAGAGUUGGUGCCUAUGAAGGUGAAAGAGCCAGAGCCCCAGUACUUUCGCUUCGAAGGUGUGUGGCUGACGGAAACUGGCAUGGCUGUGCUGCGUAACCUGACCAUGUCACCACUGCACAAGCGGCGCCAGCGGCGAGGACGGCUUGGCCUCCCAGGCGAGGCAGGGUUGGAGGGUUCUGAGCCCUCAGAUGCCCUUGGCCCUGAUGACAAGAAGGAUGGGGACCUGGACACCGAUGAGCUGCUCAAGGGUGAAGGUGGUGUGGAGCACAUGGAGUGUGAAAUUAAACUGGAGGGCCCUGUCAGCCCGGAUGUGGAGCCUGGCAAAGAGGAGACUGAGGAAAGCAAAAAACGCAAGCGUAAACCCUAUCGGCCUGGCAUUGGUGGUUUCAUGGUGCGACAGCGGAAAUCCCACAUGCGCAUGAAAAAGGGGCCUGCUGCACAGGCGGAGGUGUUGAGUGGGGAUGGGCAGCCCGACGAGGGUGAGACGGUGACACCUGCUGACGUGCCUGCAGAGGGUACCGUGGAGCAGAGCUUAGCUGAAGGGGAUGAGAAGAAGAAGCAACAGCGGCGAGGGCGCAAGAAGAGCAAACUGGAGGACAUGUUCCCUGCUUACCUGCAGGAAGCCUUCUUUGGGAAGGAGCUGCUGGACCUGAGCCGUAAGGCCCUUUUUGCAGUUGGGAUGGGCCGGCCAGGCUUUGGACUAGGAACCCCAAAAGCCAAGGGAGAUGGAGGCUCAGAAAGGAAGGAGCUCCCCACCUUGCAGAAAGGAGAUGAUGGUCCAGAUAUUGCAGACGAAGAAUCCCGUGGCCUCGAAGGCAAGGCUGAUACACCAGGACCUGAGGAUGGGGGUGUGAAGGCAUCCCCAGUGCCCAGUGACCCUGAGAAACCAGGCACCCCAGGUGAAGGGAUGCUUAGCUCUGACUUAGACAGGAUUUCCACAGAAGAACUGCCCAAGAUGGAAUCCAAGGACCUGCAGCAGCUCUUCAAGGAUGUUCUGGGCUCUGAACGAGAGCAGCAUCUGGGUUGUGGAACGCCUGGUCUGGAAGGCAGCCGUACGCCACUGCAGAGGCCCUUUCUUCAAGGUGGACUCCCUUUGGGAAGUCUCCCCUCCAGCAGCCCAAUGGAUUCCUACCCAGGCCUCUGCCAGUCCCCGUUCCUGGAUUCUAGGGAGCGCGGGGGCUUCUUUAGCCCGGAACCCGGUGAGCCAGACAGCCCCUGGACAGGCUCAGGCGGCACCACGCCCUCCACUCCCACAACCCCCACCACAGAGGGUGAGGGCGACGGACUCUCCUAUAACCAGCGGAGUCUUCAGCGCUGGGAGAAGGAUGAGGAGUUGGGCCAGCUGUCCACCAUCUCGCCCGUGCUCUAUGCCAACAUUAAUUUUCCUAAUCUCAAGCAAGAUUACCCAGACUGGUCAAGCCGUUGCAAACAAAUCAUGAAGCUCUGGAGAAAGGUUCCAGCAGCAGACAAAGCCCCCUACCUGCAAAAGGCCAAAGAUAACCGGGCAGCUCACCGCAUCAACAAGGUGCAGAAGCAGGCUGAGAGCCAGAUCAACAAGCAGACCAAGGUGGGCGACAUAGCCCGUAAGACUGACCGACCGGCCCUACAUCUCCGCAUUCCCCCCCAGCCAGGGGCACUGGGCAGCCCGCCCCCCGCCGCUGCCCCCACCAUUUUCAUUGGCAGCCCCACUACCCCCGCCGGCUUGUCUACCUCUGCGGACGGGUUCCUGAAGCCGCCGGCGGGCUCGGUGCCCGGCCCUGACUCGCCUGGUGAGCUCUUCCUCAAGCUCCCACCCCAGGUGCCCGCCCAAGUGCCUUCGCAGGACCCCUUUGGACUGGCCCCCGCCUAUUCCCUGGAGCCCCGCUUCCCCACAGCACCACCCACCUAUCCCCACUAUCCUAGUCCGACGGGGGCUCCCGUGCAGCCCCCGAUGCUGGGCAACUCAUCUCGUCCGGGGACUGGUCAGCCAGGGGAAUUCCACACUACCCCACCUGGCACCCCCCGCCACCAGCCCUCCACACCUGACCCCUUCCUCAAACCCCGCUGCCCCUCGCUGGAUAAUCUGGCUGUGCCUGAGAGCCCUGGGGUAGGGGGAGGCAAGGCUUCCGAGCCCCUGCUCUCGCCCCCACCUUUUGGGGAGUCUCGGAAGGCUCUCGAGGUAAAGAAGGAAGAGCUUGGGGCAUCUUCUCCUAGCUAUGGGCCCCCAAACCUGGGCUUUGUUGACUCACCCUCCUCAGGCCCCCAUCUGGGUGGCCUGGAGUUAAAGACAUCUGAUGUCUUCAAAGCCCCCCUGACCCCUCGGGCAUCUCAGGUAGAGCCCCAGAGCCCGGGCUUGGGCCUAAGGCCUCAGGAGCCACCCCCUGCCCAGGCUUUGGUCCCUUCCCCCCCAAGUCACUCAGACAUCUUCCGCCCUGGCUCCUACCCUGACCCCUAUGCCCAGCCCCCAUUGACCCCUCGGCCCCAGCCUCCACCCCCUGAGAGCUGCUGUGCUCUGCCCCCUCGCUCAUUGCCCUCUGACCCUUUCUCCCGAGUGCCUGCCAGUCCUCAGUCCCAGUCCAGCUCCCAGUCUCCACUGACACCCCGUCCUCUGUCUGCUGAAGCUUUCUGCCCGUCCCCCGUUACCCCUCGCUUCCAGUCCCCUGACCCAUAUUCUCGCCCACCUUCACGCCCUCAGUCCCGUGACCCGUUUGCCCCAUUGCAUAAGCCACCCCGCCCCCAGCCCCCUGAAGUUGCCUUUAAGGCUGGGUCUCUAGCCCACACUGCGUUGGGGGCUGGGGGUUUCCCAGCAGCCCUGCCCUCAGGGCCAGCAGGUGAGCUCCAUGCCAAGGUCCCAAGUGGGCAGCCCCCCAAUUUUGUCCGGUCCCCUGGGACGGGCGCAUUUGUGGGCACCCCCUCUCCCAUGCGUUUCACUUUCCCUCAGGCGGUAGGGGAACCUUCCCUAAAGCCCCCUGUCCCUCAGCCUGGUCUCCCGCCACCCCAUGGGAUCAACAGCCAUUUUGGGCCCGGCCCCACCUUGGGCAAGCCUCAAAGCACAAACUACGCAGUAGCCACAGGGAACUUCCACCCAUCGGGCAGCCCCCUGGGGCCCAGCAGCGGGUCCACAGGGGAGAGCUAUGGGCUGUCCCCGCUCCGCCCCCCGUCAGUUCUGCCUCCACCUGUACCCGACGGAUCCCUCCCCUACCUGUCCCAUGGAGCCUCACAGCGAUCAGGCAUCACCUCUCCUGUCGAAAAGCGAGAAGACCCAGGGGCUGGAAUGGGUAGCUCUUUGGCGACACCUGAACUCCCAGGUACCCAGGACCCAGGCAUGUCCGGCCUUAGCCAGACAGAGCUGGAGAAGCAACGGCAGCGCCAGCGACUACGAGAGCUGCUGAUUCGGCAGCAGAUCCAGCGCAACACCCUGCGGCAGGAGAAGGAAACAGCUGCAGCAGCUGCAGGAGCAGUGGGGCCUCCAGGCAGCUGGAGUGCUGAGCCCAGCAGCCCUGCCUUUGAGCAGCUGAAUCGAGGCCAGACCCCCUUUGCUGGAUCACAGGACAAGAGCAGCCUUGUGGGGUUGCCUCAAAGCAAGCUGAGUGGCCCCAUUCUGGGGCCAGGGUCCUUCCCUAGUGAUGACCGACUCUCCCGGCCACCUCCACCAGCCACGCCUUCCUCUAUGGAUGUGAACAGCCGGCAACUGGUAGGAGGCUCCCAAGCUUUCUAUCAGCGAGCAUCCUAUCCUGGGUCCCUGCCCUUACAGCAGCAACAGCAACAGCUGUGGCAGCAGCAACAGGCAACAGCAGCAACCUCCAUGCGAUUUGCCAUGUCAACUCGCUUUCCAUCAACUCCUGGACCUGAACUUGGCCGCCAAGCCCUAGGUUCCCCCUUGACAGGAAUUCCCACCCGCCUGCCAGGCCCUGGUGAGCCAGUGCCUGGUCCAGCUGGUCCUGCCCAGUUCAUUGAGCUGCGGCACAAUGUACAGAAAGGACUGGGACCUGGGGGAACUCAGUUUCCUGGUCAGGGCCCACCUCAAAGACCUCGUUUUUACCCUGUAAGUGAGGACCCCCACCGACUGGCUCCUGAAGGGCUUCGGGGCCUGGCGGUAACAGGUCUUCCCCCACAGAAACCCUCAGGCCCACCGGCCCCUGAAUUGAACAACAGCCUCCAUCCAACACCCCAUACCAAAGGUCCUACCCUGCCAACUGGCUUGGAGCUGGUCACCCGGCCCCCUUCAAGCACGGAGCUUGGCCGCCCUCCUCCUCUGGCCCUGGAAACUGGGAAGUUGCCCUGUGAAGAUCCUGAGCUGGAUGAUGAUUUUGAUGCCCACAAGGCCCUAGAGGAUGAUGAAGAGCUUGCUCACCUAGGUCUGGGUGUGGAUGUGGCCAAGGGUGAUGAUGAACUGGGCACCCUAGAAAACCUGGAGACCAAUGACCCCCACUUGGAUGACCUGCUCAAUGGAGACGAGUUUGACCUGCUGGCAUAUACUGAUCCUGAGCUGGACACUGGGGACAAGAAGGACAUCUUCAAUGAGCACCUGAGGCUGGUAGAAUCGGCUAAUGAGAAGGCUGAACGGGAGGCCCUGCUGCAGGGGGUGGAGCCAGGACCCUUGGGCCCUGAGGAGCGCCCUCCCCCUGCUGCUGAUGCCUCUGAGCCCCGCCUGGCAUCUGUGCUCCCUGAGGUGAAGCCCAAGGUGGAGGAGGGUGGGCGCCACCCUUCCCCUUGUCAGUUCACCAUUGCUACCCCCAAGGUAGAGCCUGCACCUGCUGCCAAUUCCCUUGGCCUGGGGCUGAAGCCAGGACAGAGCGUGAUGAACAGCCGGGAUACCCGGAUGGGCACAGGGCCAUUUCCUAGCAGUGGGCACACAGCUGAGAAAGGUUCCUUUGGGGCCACAGGAGGACCACCAGCUCACCUGCUAACCCCCAGCCCAUUGAGUGGCCCAGGAGGAUCCUCCCUGCUGGAAAAGUUUGAGCUCGAGAGUGGGGCCCUGACCUUGCCUGGUGAACCUGCAGCAUCUGGGGAUGAGCUAGACAAGAUGGAGAGCUCACUGGUAGCCAGCGAGUUGCCGCUGCUCAUUGAGGACCUGUUGGAGCAUGAGAAGAAGGAGCUGCAGAAGAAGCAGCAGCUUUCAGCACAGUUGCAGCCUAUCCAGCAACAGCAGCAGCAGCAGCAGCAGCAGCCGCCGCCCCUACUGUCUACACCAGGCCCUGCCCAGGCCAUGUCUUUGCCACAUGAGGGCUCUUCUCCCAGUUUGGCUGGGUCCCAACAGCAGCUUUCCCUGGGUCUUGGAGGUGCCCGACAGCCAGGCUUGGCUCAACCACUGAUGCCCACCCAGCCACCAGCUCAUGCCCUCCAGCAGCGCCUGGCCCCAUCCAUGGCUAUGGUGUCCAAUCAAGGGCAUAUGCUGAGUGGGCAGCAUGGAGGGCAGGCAGGCUUGGUACCCCAGCAGAGCUCACAGCCAGUGCUAUCACAGAAGCCCAUGGGCACCAUGCCACCUUCCAUAUGCAUGAAGCCCCAGCAACUGGCAAUGCAGCAGCAACUGGCAAACAGCUUCUUUCCAGAUACAGACCUGGACAAAUUUGCUGCAGAAGAUAUCAUUGAUCCCAUUGCAAAGGCCAAGAUGGUGGCUUUGAAAGGCAUCAAGAAAGUGAUGGCUCAAGGCAGCAUUGGGGUGGCACCUGGUAUGAACAGGCAACAAGUGUCUCUGCUAGCUCAGAGGCUUUCGGGGGGACCUGGCAGUGAUCUGCAGAACCAUGUGGCAGCUGGGAGUGGCCAGGAGCAUAGUGCUGGUGAUCCUUCCCAGCCUCGUCCCAACCCGCCCACUUUUGCUCAGGGAGUUAUCAAUGAAGCUGACCAGCGGCAGUAUGAGGAGUGGCUGUUCCAUACCCAGCAGCUCCUACAGAUGCAGCUGAAGGUGCUAGAGGAGCAGAUUGGUGUACACCGCAAGUCCCGGAAGGCUCUGUGUGCCAAGCAGCGCACUGCCAAAAAAGCUGGCCGUGAGUUCCCAGAAGCUGAUGCUGAGAAGCUCAAGCUGGUUACAGAGCAGCAGAGCAAGAUCCAGAAACAGCUGGAUCAGGUCCGGAAACAGCAGAAAGAACACACUAAUCUCAUGGCAGAAUAUCGGAACAAGCAGCAGCAACAGCAGCAGCAGCAGCAACAGCAACAACACUCAGCUGUGCUGGCUCUCAGCCCUUCCCAGAGUCCCCGGCUACUCACCAAGCUCCCUGGUCAGCUGCUCCCUAGCCAUGGGCUGCAGCCACCACAGGGGCCUCCGGGUGGGCAAGCUGGAGGUCUUCGCCUGCCCCCUGGGGGUAUGGCACUAUCUGGACAGCCUGGUGGCCCCUUCCUUAACACAGCUCUGGCCCAACAGCAGCAACAGCAACAUUCUGGUGGGGCUGGAUCCCUGGCUGGCCCCUCAGGAGCCUUCUUCCCUGGCAACCUUGCUCUUCGAGGCCUCGGACCUGAUUCAAGGCUUUUACAGGAAAGGCAGCUGCAGCUGCAGCAACAACGUAUGCAGCUGGCCCAGAAACUGCAGCAGCAGCAACAGCAACAGCAGCAGCAGCAGCACCUCCUAGGACAGGUGGCAGUCCAGCAGCAACAGCAGCAGGGUCCUGGAGUACAGACAAACCAGGCUCUGGGUCCCAAGCCCCAGGGGCUUCUGCCUCCCAGCAGCCACCAAGGUCUCCUGGUCCAACAGCUGUCCCCUCAACCACCCCAGGGCCCCCAGGGCAUACUAGGCCCUGCCCAAGUGGCCGUGUUGCAGCAGCAGCACCCUGGAGCUUUGGCCCCCCAGGGCCCUCACAGACAGGUGCUUAUGACCCAGUCCCGGGUGCUCAGUUCCCCCCAGCUGGCACAGCAGGGUCAGGGGCUUAUGGGACACAGGCUGGUUACAGCCCAGCAGCAGCAGCAACAACAGCACCAACAGCAAGGGUCCAUGGCAGGGCUGUCCCAUCUUCAGCAGGGUCUAAUGUCACACAGUGGGCAGCCCAAACUGAGCACUCAGCCCAUGGGCUCUUUACAACAGCUUCAACAGCAGCAGCAGCAGCAGCAGCAGCAGCUGCAACAGCAUCAGCAACUUCAACAGCAACAGCAACUUCAGCAGCAACAGCAGCAGCAGCUUCAACAGCAGCAGCAGCAGCAGCAGCUACAACAGCAACAGCUACAGCAGAAGCAGCAGCUACAGCAGCAGCAGCUACAGCAGCAGCAGUUUCAACAGCAGCAGCAGCAGCAGCAGCAGGGCCUUUUAAACCAGAGUCGAACUUUACUAUCUCCUCAGCAACAACAGCAGCAGCAGGUGGCACUUGGCCCUGGCAUGCCAGUAAAGCCUCUUCAACACUUUUCAAGCCCUGGAUCCCUGGGCCCAACCCUCCUCUUGACGGGCAAGGAACAAAACACCAUAGAGACUACUGUUUCUUCAGAGGUCACUGAGGGGCCCUCUACACAUCAUCGAGGGCAGUUAGCAAUAGGAACUACCCCUGAGUCAAUGGCCACUGAACCAGGAGAGGUAAAGCCCUCACUCUCCGGGGACUCACAACUCCUCCUUGUCCAACCCCAGGCCCAGCCUCAGCCCAACUCUUUGCAGCUGCAGCCACCACUGAGGCUUCCAGGACAACAGCAGCAGCAAGUUAGCCUGCUCCACACAGCAGGUGGAGGAAGCCAUGGGCAGCUGGGCAGUGGAUCAUCUUCUGAGGCCUCAUCUAUGCCCCACCUGCUGGCUCAGCCUUCUGUUUCCUUAGGGGAGCAGCCUGGGCCCAUGACUCAGAACCUUCUGGGCCCCCAACAGCCCAUACUAGAGCGGCCCAUGCAAAAUAAUACAGGACCACAACCUCCCAAACCAGGACCUGUCCUCCAGGCUGGGCAGGGUUUGCCUGGGGUUGGAGUCAUGCCUACAGUGGGUCAGCUUCGAGCACAGCUCCAAGGAGUCCUGGCCAAAAACCCACAGCUGCGGCACUUAAGUCCUCAGCAGCAGCAACAGCUACAGGCACUCCUCAUGCAGCGGCAGCUGCAGCAGAGUCAGGCAGUACGCCAGACCCCACCCUACCAGGAGCCUGGGACCCAGGCCUCUCCCCUCCAGGGCCUCCUAGGCUGUCAACCCCAACCUGGGGGCUUCCCUGGAUCCCAGACAGGCCCCCUCCAGGAGCUGGGGACAGGGCCUCGACCUCAGGGCCCACCCCGGCUCCCUGCCCCACCAGGAGCCUUAUCUACAGGACCAGUCCUUGGCCCUGUCCAUCCCACACCUCCACCAUCCAGCCCUCAAGAGCCAAAGAGACCUUCACAAUUACCUUCCCCCAGCUCCCAGCUUCCCACUGAGGCCCAGCUCCCUCCCACUCAUCCAGGGACCCCCAAAGCCCAGGGGCCAACCUUGGAGCUGCCUCCUGGGAGGGUCUCACCUGCUGCUGCCCAGCUUGCAGAUACCUUGUUUGGCAAGGGUCUGGGAUCUUGGGAUCCCCCAGACAACCUAGCAGAAGCUCAGAAGCCAGAACAGAGCAGCCUGGUACCGGAGCAUCUGGACCAGGUGAAUGGACAGGUAGUGCCUGAGGCACCCCAACUCAGCAUCAAGCAAGAGCCUCGGGAAGAGUCAUGUGCCCUGGGAACCCAGUCAGUGAAGAGGGAGGCCAAUGGGGAGCCCAUAGGGGCACCAGGUACCAGCAACCACCUCCUGCUGGCAGGCCCUCGCUCAGAAGCUGGGCAUCUGCUCUUGCAGAAGCUACUCCGAGCAAAGAAUGUGCAACUCAGCACUGGGCGGGGGUCCGAGGGGCUGCGAGCUGAGAUCAACGGGCAUAUUGACAGCAAGCUGGCUGGGCUGGAGCAGAAACUACAGGGUACCCCCAGCAACAAGGAGGAUGCAGCAGCAAGGAAGCCUUUGACACCAAAGCCCAAGCGGGUACAGAAGGCAAGCGACAGGUUGGUGAGCUCCCGAAAGAAGCUGCGGAAGGAGGACGGGGUCAGGGCCAGCGAGGCCUUGCUGAAACAGCUGAAACAGGAGCUGUCCUUGCUGCCCCUAAUGGAGCCUGCUAUCACCGCCAAUUUUAGCCUCUUCGCUCCCUUUGGCAGUGGCUGCCCAGUCAAUGGGCAGAGCCAGCUGAAGGGGGCCUUUGGAAGUGGGGCGCUGCCCACUGGCCCUGACUACUAUUCCCAGCUGCUUACCAAGAAUAACCUGAGUAAUCCGCCGACACCACCCUCGUCGCUGCCCCCCACCCCACCCCCAUCGGUGCAGCAGAAGAUGGUGAAUGGCGUCACCCCAUCUGAAGAGCUGGGGGAGCACCCCAAGGAUGCUGCCUCUGCCCGGGAUACUGAAGGGGCACUGAGGGAUACUACAGAGGUGAAGAGUCUAGACCUACUGGCUGCCUUGCCUACACCCCCUCACAAUCAGACUGAGGAUGUCAGGAUGGAGAGUGAUGACGAUAGCGAUUCUCCUGAUAGCAUUGUGCCAGCUUCAUCCCCUGAGAGCAUUCUGGGGGAGGAGGCCCCUCGUUUCCCUCAUCUGGGCUCAGGCCGGUGGGAGCCAGAGGACCGGGCUCUCUCCCCUGUCAUCCCCCUCAUUCCUCGGGCCAGCAUCCCAGUCUUCCCAGAUACCAAACCUUAUGGGGCUCUUGACCUGGAGGUCCCUGGAAAGCUGCCUGCCACGACUUGGGAAAAGGGCAAAGGAAGUGAGGUGUCAGUCAUGCUCACAGUCUCUGCUGCUGCAGCCAAGAACCUGAAUGGUGUGAUGGUGGCAGUGGCAGAGCUGCUAAGCAUGAAGAUCCCUAAUUCCUAUGAGGUGCUGUUCCCAGAGAGCCCCGCCCGGGCGGGCACUGAGCCUAAGAAGGGGGAAGCUGAGGGUCCUGGUGGGAAGGAAAAGGGUCUGGGAGGCAAGAGCCCAGAUGCUGGCCCUGAUUGGCUGAAGCAGUUUGAUGCAGUGUUGCCUGGCUAUACCCUCAAGAGCCAACUAGACAUCUUGAGCCUUUUCAAACAGGAGAGCCCCGCCCCAGAGCCACCCACCCAGCACAGCUAUACCUACAAUGUCUCCAAUCUGGAUGUGCGUCAGCUCUCGGCCCCACCUCCUGAAGAACCCUCCCCGCCCCCUUCCCCCUUGGCACCCUCUCCUGCCAGUCCCCCUGCUGAACCCUUGGUUGAACUUCCCACUGAACCCUUGGCUGAGCCACCCGUCCCCUCACCUCUGCCACUGGCCUCAUCCCCUGAAUCAGCCCGGCCCAAGCCCCGUGCCCGGCCCCCUGAAGAAGGUGAAGAUUCCCAUCCCCCUCACCUCAAGAAAUGGAAAGGAGUGCGCUGGAAGCGGCUGCGGCUGCUGCUGACCAUCCAGAAGGGCAGUGGGCGGCAGGAGGAUGAGCGGGAAGUGGCAGAGUUUAUGGAGCAGCUCGGCACAGCCUUGCGACCUGACAAGGUACCUCGAGACAUGCGUCGCUGCUGUUUCUGUCAUGAGGAGGGUGACGGGGCCACUGAUGGGCCUGCCCGCCUGCUGAACCUGGACCUGGACCUGUGGGUGCACCUCAACUGUGCCCUUUGGUCCACGGAGGUGUAUGAGACCCAGGGCGGGGCACUGAUGAAUGUGGAGGUCGCCCUGCACCGAGGACUGCUAACCAAGUGCUCCCUGUGCCAGCGAACUGGUGCCACCAGCAGCUGCAAUCGCAUGCGUUGCCCCAACGUCUACCAUUUUGCUUGUGCCAUCCGUGCCAAGUGCAUGUUCUUCAAGGACAAGACCAUGCUGUGUCCAAUGCAUAAGAUCAAGGGGCCCUGUGAGCAAGAGCUGAGCUCUUUUGCUGUCUUCCGACGGGUCUACAUUGAGCGGGACGAGGUGAAACAAAUUGCCAGCAUCAUUCAGCGGGGAGAACGGCUGCACAUGUUCCGUGUGGGAGGCCUUGUGUUCCACGCCAUUGGACAGCUGCUCCCUCACCAGAUGGCUGACUUUCAUAGUGCCACUGCCCUCUAUCCCGUUGGCUACGAGGCCACGCGCAUCUAUUGGAGCCUCCGCACCAACAACCGUCGCUGUUGCUAUCGCUGUUCUAUUGGUGAGAACAACGGGCGGCCAGAGUUUGUAAUCAAAGUCAUCGAGCAGGGCCUGGAGGACCUGGUCUUCACUGACGCCUCUCCCCAGGCUGUGUGGAAUCGCAUCAUUGAGCCUGUGGCUGCCAUGAGAAAAGAGGCUGACAUGCUGCGACUCUUCCCUGAGUAUCUGAAGGGCGAGGAGCUCUUUGGGCUGACGGUGCACGCCGUGCUUCGCAUAGCUGAAUCACUGCCCGGGGUGGAGAGCUGUCAAAAUUAUUUAUUCCGCUAUGGGCGCCACCCCCUGAUGGAGCUGCCACUCAUGAUCAACCCCACUGGCUGUGCCCGAUCAGAGCCUAAAAUUCUCACACACUACAAACGGCCCCAUACCCUGAACAGCACCAGCAUGUCUAAGGCAUAUCAGAGCACCUUCACAGGCGAGACCAACACCCCGUACAGCAAGCAGUUUGUGCACUCCAAGUCAUCUCAGUACCGGCGGCUGCGAACCGAAUGGAAGAACAACGUGUACCUGGCUCGCUCCCGUAUCCAGGGCCUGGGGCUCUAUGCAGCCAAGGACCUAGAAAAGCACACAAUGGUUAUCGAGUACAUUGGCACCAUCAUUCGGAACGAGGUGGCCAACCGGCGGGAGAAAAUCUAUGAGGAGCAGAAUCGAGGCAUCUACAUGUUCCGAAUAAACAAUGAACAUGUGAUUGAUGCUACGUUGACCGGCGGCCCUGCCAGGUACAUUAACCAUUCCUGUGCCCCUAACUGUGUGGCUGAAGUCGUGACAUUUGACAAAGAGGACAAAAUCAUCAUCAUCUCCAGCCGGCGAAUCCCCAAAGGAGAGGAGCUAACCUAUGACUAUCAGUUUGAUUUUGAGGACGAUCAGCACAAGAUCCCCUGCCACUGUGGAGCCUGGAAUUGUCGGAAAUGGAUGAACUAAGAAGCUUUGAGGCUACCAGGCAGGGGAGUCCCCCUACCCCCAACCUCUUCCCUGAAAGGGAUGAGGGGGAAGAGAGGUAGCAGCCAGAGCCAGGACCCAGGGCUGGGGCUGCCGGCUGACCGGAGCCCCUGGAGCAGGAGGCUGGGGCAGAGGGCCCUAGGCCAAGCCCACCCUGGGCACCAGGGACAACCCUCUUCCCCACCACCGGCCCUCAGGCUGGCAUCUCUGCCCCCAGCUCCAGGAGGGGCCAGACAGAAGCAGCCAUUGGGCAUCUCAGGUUUGAGGGGGAUAUGGGCCGGGAACUACCCAGAAGCAUCUGGGAGGCAGCAGGGUGGGGGAAGAGGAUGUGUGGCCGGGCCUCACAGCCCUGCUGCUCCCACUGACCUCUCUGGCCCAACUCAAGGCUGCAAAGAGACUUGACUAAGCUUGACAAUCCCAAAGGCCGGGUCCCACACCUGGCCCUGCCUGCCGGGUCCUGCCCCCACCCUCACCCCCAGACCCUUCCCUCUUGAUCUGUCUCUGUUUCCCUCUUUUCCUCUGUGUUUCUGUCUCUCUAUGGGUUGUGUUUCCUUGUUUUCCACUCUGACAAAUGCAACAUGAACGGGAAAGAGGCGCCCAGCUGCCUAGGAGGGCAAGCUGGGCAAGCCGGGCAAGGAGACCCCGCACCCACACCUACCUCAUUUAAGUGUUGGAUUUUUUGCUGUUUUGAAAUGUGAGACCCUCUCCAAGCCCCCUACUGCCCCAGCCCUCUCCCCCACCUCACUGCCCUCUUCUGAGUGGGUGGAAGGGGGGUAGGAGGAGGAAGAAAAACAACAACAAAAAAUCCAUCUUUGUUUUUAAUUAUGGGCAUGGGAUGGUGGUUGAGGCAAAUGAUGAUGAAGAUUGGGGAUGACUGGCCCCUAGUCGCUCUAGGACUUCCUUCUCCAUCUGGACAUGGGGGCAGGAGGGGCUAAACCUAGGACCAGGAUAUCUCCCUCCUGUUUUCCCAACCCCAUCAUGAGCCCGUUUGCCCUCCAGCCCCUGGAUGGGUUGGGUGGGGGGUAGGGUGAGGGCGAUCCCUGAGUGGCAUGCCCAUACCUAGUGAGGCAGGGUGUGGCCCGGAGCUCCCACUUUCCCUCAGUCACCAAACUGCUGCUGGUCUGGUGGGAAGGGGUGGUGAUGUGGGGGUGGGGGAGCUUAGUGUCAGCGCGGGGAGGGUGGGGGGUAUUUAUCUAUUUAUACAUGGGAUUGUACAUAGUCUUGUGGGGCAUGGGGGAGCCGGCUGGAGGUGAGAACCCUCCCCUCUCCCCCCACCCCCGGGGAGAGCAAAUGUAAAACUACUAAUUUUUGUGCUUUAUAUAUUCUAUAUAAAUAUAUCUAUUUUCUUUUUACAAAACCAGUUUAUAAAUGGUAGGGGGGCGUGGGGCGGACACAUGGAGCUCCCCUUGUGGGGGGGCCCACUCCAUUACCCAACCUACCGCCCUUUUCCUCACCCCCCCCCACCCCACUCCCCACCCCCUGGCUGUGACUGCUGUAAGAUGGGGGUAUAGAGGCUGGGCGAUUCCCACCCCCUGUUGUAUAGUUGGACUAUGUUAUAACGCACAAAAGAGAGCUGACCCCAGGGGGAGCCAGAGGGUGAUGGGUUCCCUGCCUCCCUUUCCUUCCCCUUUCUGCCCAAGCUAGUGCUGCAGUUGAACCUCUUCCUGCGGGUGGGGGUAGGUAAGGGGUGGGUGAGGCCCCAAACCCCUCUCUGGUAGGGAACCAUGGGGAUGAAGAUGAAGCUUAUAUGCAGUUAUCUUCUAGGGGCUGUGGGCAAAGGGCAUUUUGUAAUUAAUAUUUUCAAGAAUCAAAUGUCUGGAGUGUAGGGGUGGGCUUGGUGGUGGUGGACGGGCGGGCCUGCUGGAGGGGGAGCUUGGUCGCUGUUGUGAUUUUAGGUUUGUUUUUGUUUUGUUUUGAAUUUGGGGGGUUGUGGAUUGUUGGGGGUAGGGAGAUUUUUUUAUUUAAGCUGCUUCCUCAACUGUUCCAAGCUGCAAAUGUUUAAGAGAAUAACACCCCCCACUCCCACAGGAACCGCUGUAAUUAAAUCAGACAGUAGGGAGACUGGGCUGCUCCCCUCAAAGCCACAGCCCUUGGAUGUUCCUUUUCCGAGAGCAGAAGGUCUAGGCUACAGGGAUGGGGAGAUUGGCUCCUGUGAGUCAGGCUCUGUUUGGGGCUUGGGCCCUGGGAUUGGGAAAAGGGGAUGGGGCAGACUUUGUAAGCAUAUGCUAGGUAUCCGAUAGUCCUGUAGAAUUUAGUGAAGAAACCUUAUACAGUUUUUAAUUUUUAUAUAAACUAUAACUCAGACCCAAGCUACAAGGUUGGAAUUUUGGUUGUCGGUUUUUUUUUUAAGUACCCUGCCUGUAUAAUUGCAUCAAACUCCUCCACCCCCGCCCCCAUGUUUGUAUUUUGGGUUGGUUUACACUCGCACAUACUCAAAUUUUCAGUUUUCCCCUUUACAGUCUUCUCCCCUCACCUCCAGGACCCUCCCCCCUUUUUAAAAAAUAAAUCGCUGACAAGUGUGAAUCCCGUGAAAACUUUAUUUUGUGUUGUGUGUAUCCUGUACAGCAAGGUUGGUCCUUCGUAACAACGGAUGAAAUGGUUCCCUUUUUUAAAGCGCCCUCUCUCCCUCCACCCUCAGCGCCCCUCUGUCCUUGGCAUGUUUUGUAUCAGCGAUCAUUCUGAACUGUACAUAAUUUAUGUUGCGAGAGGCAAAGGGCAAGUUUUGGAUUUUGCUUCUUCCAAGUUUGUUUUUAAACAACAAAUAAAAAAAGAACAUUUUAAAUACAA